AUGUCCCCCGACUACCGACGCCAAUUUGCUCAAGAUUUCCGAGACGAAGGUUCGAACAUGCGCGUUGGUGUCGUAACCGAUACUUGCACGUAUGGUCUCGACUUGCCCAAUGUCCGACGGGUUGUUGUUGCGGACAUGGAUAGGACACCGGAGAAUCUCAAGCAGACUAUGGGCCGUGCAGGUCGGGACGGUCGUGAAGCAGUAGCCAUUGCGUUCGCACCUCCCUGGGCUCGCAGGCCACCAGAAGGAGCCGCUCUCACAGGGAAGCAAGCACAAAAGGACGCAAAGCGACGGGAAACCCUACCAAUCUUCACGCAGCAAUUCUACAAUCCUUCUCCAACCCUCUGUCCGCGGCGCGCUGACCUCCAGCAUUAUGGUGAUGAGUUUCACCCCGAACUCACAUGUGCAUGCAUCGUACACACUCCUGAGCCGGAACAGACCACAGACUCGGCCUGUGUGCAACUAUGGAUCGAAUACCUUGCCGCUGAAGCCACGACUCCCCGUGCGGUCUCUCUUCGGUCGGAUGGAACGUACCCGCCACUAGACACGCCUAUGAAAGCCUCCCUUUCUGCCAUGCUUCACACCUGGACAAUUCGGCAGUGGGUUCCUUUCCGUCGCCAGCACAACAUCUCAGAGCUGAUGCCGGUGGCAUGCUUCUGUCCGCGACACGUCCUCGAACAUCUUGUUGAGAAGGCUCACGUUUGCACAACGAUGGAGCGACUUGGAACGGUGAUGGAUGGGUGGAAGCAUUUUGCCACUCACGGAGAGCCACUCUUCCUGUGGCUCACGGUGAUUUUGAAGGAGUGGAAGGAUAUACAUGGUGAAUGUCGGGAGUCGCAGGCUGUCGGUGUAGACUCCGGAAAUGAGGUGGGUGGUGCUGAUGAAGACGAAGACGAGGCGAUGAGUGAUGGAGUUGCAGAAGACCCGUCAAUGGCAAUCAGGUCGACAACAGCGCCUGCCAUCGCCGUUGCCACCAUCAACAGCGCCACAUCAACUCGACCUCGCGUUCUUUUGAGGUUACCAAACCCCGUCUCUCCACCAACGUCUCCUUCGAAACGCACCUCCUCUUCGCAGCAGGAUCUCGAGUCUCCGACAAAGCGCCGUCGCCGCACUAGGAAUGCAGGGAAGGAGAACGUGAUGGAAACCGGAUCCACGGACUUAAUUUCGACUCUACAAUAG